AAACACAGUAGUGCAAUAACAUGAGUAUAGGUGGCACCCAUCAUUGGUCACCGUCCCUUUGUUGCCUAGCAAAUAAAUAAUUCGACAGCGACCGUUUAUUAACUAAACCAAACCAAAUUACACCAAAACCCGAAACCAAAAACCGACUCAGACCUUCCAUUCCCUUUCCUUUCCUCUGUCUUUCUCAAUUCCAGGAAUCCUGCAAAUGUCUCCGUUUCCAUCAGAAAACGGCGUCGAUGGAGACGACGAGAGAGAAGAAGAAGAAGAAGAAGACGAAGAAGAAGUAGAAGAUGAAGAAGAAGAGGAGGAAGAAGAAGAAGAAGAAGAGCCGAGGCUUAAGUAUCAAAGAAUGGGAGGAAGCAUCCCUUCCUUGCUUUCCAGCGAUGCGGCAUCGUGUAUCGCUGUCGCCGAACGCAUGAUAGCACUUGGAACGCACGAUGGAACCGUUCAUAUCCUCGAUUUUUUGGGAAAUCAGGUUAAGGAAUUUGCUGCACAUUCAGCUGCAGUGAAUGACCUUAGUUUUGAUUUAGAAGGUGAAUAUAUUGGCAGCUGCUCCGAUGAUGGUUCUGUUGUUAUAAAUAGUCUUUUUACUGAUGAGAAAUUGAAAUUCGAGUAUCAUCGUCCUAUGAAAGCCAUUGCCCUUGAUCCUGAUUAUACAAGAAAAAAGUCCAGGAGAUUUGUAGCUGGUGGCUUAGCUGGUCACUUAUAUUUUAAUACCAAAAGGUGGCUUGGCUAUAGGGAUCAGGUUUUGCACUCGGGUGAAGGUCCAAUCCAUGCAGUGAAAUGGAGAACGAGUCUCAUUGCUUGGGCUAAUGAUGCGGGUGUAAAAGUUUAUGAUGCUGCAAAUGAUCAGCGGAUUACAUUUAUAGAAAGACCACGAGGGAGCCCUCGUCCUGAAAUUUUACUCCCGCAUUUAGUUUGGCAGGAUGAUACUUUAUUGGUGAUCGGCUGGGGAACCUCUGUGAAGAUUGCAGCAAUAAGAACAAAUCUGAACAAGGGAGCCAAUGGAACGUAUAGGGAGGUUACAAUGUCUAAUGUGAAUCAAGUAGAUAUUGUGGCAUCUUUUCAGACUAGCUAUUAUAUAUCAGGAAUUGCUCCAUUUGGUGAUGCUUUGGUUGUUCUAGCUUAUAUUCCUGGUGAAGAAGAUGGGGAGAAGGAAUUUAGUAGCGCAAUACCAUCACGGCAGCAGGGGAAUGCACAGAGACCAGAGGUACGUAUAGUGACUUGGAACAAUGAUGAAUUGGCGACAGAUGCCCUACCUGUAUAUGGAUUUGAGCACUACAAAGCAAAGGACUAUUCCUUGGCUCAUGCGCCCUUCUCAGGCAGCAGUUAUGCUGGUGGACAGUGGGCUGCUGGUGAUGAACCUAUAUACUAUAUUGUAUCACCAAAGGAUGUUGUCAUAGCAAAACCGAGGGAUGCUGAGGAUCACAUUGCAUGGCUUCUUCAACAUGGAUGGCAUGAAAAAGCUUUAGCAGCAGUUGAGGCUGGUCAGGGACGGAGUGAGCUCCUUGAUGAGGUUGGAUCUAGAUACCUUGAUCACUUGAUUGUGGAAAGGAAAUAUGCUGAGGCUGCAUCCUUGUGUCCCAAAUUGUUGCGAGGAUCUGCUACAGCUUGGGAGAGAUGGGUAUUCCAUUUUGCUCAUCUUCGUCAGCUUCCUGUAUUGGUUCCAUAUAUGCCAACAGAGAACCCAAGGAUGCGUGAUACUGCUUAUGAGGUCGCACUUGUGGCACUGGCAACAAAUCCAUCCUAUUAUAAAGAUCUCUUGUCCACUGUAAAAUCUUGGCCACCUGUCAUUUAUUCUGCAUUGCCUGUUAUUUCUGCCAUAGAGCCCCAGUUAAAUACUUCAUCAAUGACUGAUGCCCUUAAAGAGGCACUUGCAGAGUUGUAUGUUAUUGAUGGGCAGUACGAGAAAGCUUUUUCACUGUAUGCUGAUCUCAUGAAGCCAGAUAUAUUUGACUUCAUUGAAAAGCACCACUUACAUGAUUCUCUUCGUGAAAAGGUUGUCCAGUUGAUGAUUCUAGAUUGUAAGCAUGCAGUUUCCUUGUUGAUCCAAAAUAGGGACUUAAUUACACCAUCUGAAGUUGUUUCACAACUUCUGAGAGCUGGAAAUAAGUGCGAUUCGAGAUAUUUUUUGCAUUUAUAUCUGCAUUCAUUAUUCGAAGUAAACCCACAUGCUGGCAAAGAUUUUCAUGAUAUGCAGGUAGAGCUUUAUGCUGAAUAUGAUCCAAAGAUGCUACUUCCUUUUCUUCGCAGUAGUCAACAUUACACACUGGAGAAGGCAUAUGAGAUCUGUGUCAAAGAAGCUCUUUUAAGGGAGCAAGUAUUCAUCCUUGGAAGAAUGGGAAAUUCAAAACAAGCUCUUGCUGUAAUCAUAAAUAAAUUAGGAGAUAUAGAAGAGGCUGUAGAAUUCGUGACCAUGCAGCAUGAUGAUGAUCUUUGGGAAGAAUUGAUUAAGCAAUGCCUCCACAAACCUGAAAUGGUGGGUGUCUUAUUGGAACACACUGUUGGCAAUCUUGACCCUCUCUAUAUUGUAAAUAUGGUGCCCAAUGGCCUAGAGAUACCUCGGCUUAGGGAUCGUCUAGUCAAAAUUAUAACUGAUUACAGAACUGAAACUUCUCUUAGACAUGGGUGCAAUGAUAUUCUCAAGGCUGACUGUGUUAACCUGUUGGUUAAAUACUACAAAGAAGCGAAACGUGCAGUUUGCUUGAGCAUUGAAGAAGACGAUGCUCGAGCCAAGAGGGAUGCAAGUAGAACUUCUCAAGCAAUAGAGAAAACACUGAGUGUGAGAAACAUGGAGGUUAAGUCUAAAACUAGGGGUGGCGGAAGAUGUUGCAUGUGUUUUGAUCCUUUCUCAAUACAAAAUGUAUCAGUUGUCGUGUUCUUUUGCUGUCAUGCUUAUCACACGACUUGCUUGAUGGACUCCACCUACACUAAUAGCAGCAAAAAAGGGACUGGAGCCACCUCUCAGGGUCUAUAUGAGUAUGAUAAUGAUGGUGAGGAUGAUGAUGCUGAAGAUGACGAUAGCCAGGCUGAUGGUCCUCGAAUGCGCUGUAUCUUAUGUACUACAGCUGCAAGUUAAGUUUGUGAUGCAUGCCUAUAAGUGUGCAUGUGUGGUGUGUGGGUGUGCGUGCUUUUGCUUGCACAAUUUUUGGGGUUGUCCUUUAGGUGCAUAUUUUGUGCUCGCUCGUGCAGGUGAAAUUCAUGAUUCUUUCUUUCCUUUACCCCCCUUGUUCUCAUUCUCUCUUGAAUGUUGUCGUGCUUCAGUUAGUGGUAACUUCUGUAUUAUAGUCCCAUGUAAUUAUUGGAAAGUGUAAUUAACCCUUUUUUUGGCGGUUGGUUUAUGUGGUAUAAUAUCUUGAACUCAAAAAGAGAAAAAAGUUUCCAAUGAAAUGAGUGCUAUGAUUUGCAGCGAGGGCUGAAGCGGAA